AUGACCUUUGGCCAUCGAGCUCAAAGGCUCCUGUCCAGCCUUCCGCCACAAGUCGCCGGCUUUAAUGAAGAUAUUCCAAUUCCAAAGAUUGCACAGGACGGUACGAUCGACUAUGAAGGCGAAUUGGCUAUUGUGAUUGGCAAAACAGGAAACAUUCCCAAAGGUGCUGCCCUAGACUACGCAGCCGGCUAUUGUGUUUCGGAUGACGUGUCUGCCCGUGGCUGGCAGCGAGAUCCCGCCAAGGCCGCGUUGUGCCCCAAUGCGUGGUUGGUAACGCUUCGAAUCUUCUAUUUGCGAACCGUCGUCAAUGGCGCCGAGCGGCAAAACACGAGCACAGGCGACUUGCUGUUUGGCGUGGAGGAGCUCGUCAGUUUCUGCAGCCAGGGCACAACUCUGGAAGCCGGAACUGUUAUUCUCACUGGAACACCGUCUGGCGUGGCCAUGGGAAUGAAUCAGCCAAAGUACUUGAAUGAUGGUGACGUUGUCGAGCACUCGAUGUGGUAUUUCGCCGUGUACACCUGCUGUGUCUCAUAUCCUCAGAAUAUCACGCGAGUUAAUAACGGAAAAGCGGCAUCUGUACCUUACGGUAGGGCUAAUGCCGUCAUCGGUGACGACUUGGUAGAUAAUGUUAUACGUGCCCUAUUCAUGCUGUGCAUUGUUUCUGGUGCAUUUAUUCAGGCUAUAUAA